AAUCACCUUCAACGGUCGUUGAAAAGCGCGUUCAACCGAGCAUUGAGCAACAUCGGUUGCGUUUGAAAAAUGUCUGGCAAGAGGAAGAUCCUCCCGGUUACGUGGCCGGCAUAGACGACUAUACAGGUACUUGCGGUCCAAUUGUGGGUUUGGCGUCCUCUCCUUUUCAUGACUGUUAUCAGUAUAUGCUACUUUUCUCAGUGCAUCUUGGCUGACUGACUGGCUUGCUAAAAGAUCAAAUUUUCAAACAGUCUACCAGACUAGGUCUUCGUCCCUUACACUACGGAACGCUGGAACAGCCCAAUGCCGAAGAUAUCGCGGCGACUCCGAAAACGAGAAUUGUCUGGUGGAAAAUGCGUCAAGAGGAUGUCGCGGCCUGGCCAGGACAUGACUGGCCAUCAGACAUCUCCGCUCGCCCGCGUGCGUUCACGACCGGAAACCACAAGAACGCUCAGAUGUUUCGUCCGUUCCCUGCAAGAAAAACCCGUGUCCGGUGAGAACACAAAUUCGGAUGAUGCCAACGCCUUUGACUGACUGUUGACCAGAUGUACUCUACGCAUUAUAUUCUCUCGUCGGGACACCAGAGGGCUGGGUUCCGUUUCAGGCGCAGCAUAUAAUUCUGCAGUCAAUCCAGCGGCAUCUCGAAUAUCAUGCAUUUUGGUAUGUCGAGCGGUAUUUCCUCCCGGAAUCGGUACAAAAUAGGUGGACAUGUCCGGAGGCUUUGGAACUACACAAGCUGUUUCAAUUUCUCAAUCGACACCGACGCGCAUCAACAGCGAAUCCUUCAGGUCCAGCUGUCAGCGAUAUCCAAGGCUGGCGAGAUUCGAUCUCGGCUAUUCGCCACGCGGCGGUCCAUCAUCUCGCCCAAGAUCGACAAUCGCUUCUGCGGAUGACUCGAGCAGCUAUCGGUUUUGUUCAACGUACGAGUGGUUCUUCUCACACUCAAAGUCUCCGGCGUCUUAGGAAAUACCUGCGGGUCGCGCUUCCAAGGCCAUCUGGACGGUCUGUCGUUCCACGGCGACAGGCAAAUCUCCGGUCCUGCCGAGUAGAGAAUGGGCUCAGUCAUUCGUCGCACCCUUCCAUCACAUUGCCAGAACCCCUUAAAGGAAUUCUUCACCUUGUAGAGAACGACUUCUCCCACGAGGUACGACAAUUUUUAGAGAAAGAGUUUGAAUGAGAAGCGGCAACAAAUCAUGGUAUGGCCCAACUCGGGGUCGUUGAGCUCUGCUAUCAAGUCAGACCCGGGCAGUUGUUAUUGCCGUCAUAUCAUCACAGACAGGUCCACGCAUAUCUUGAGAGAAAUUAAUAUAAAAUCACGAGGUUGUGGCUGUAUUUGGUACUUUAAUUUCCAAGACCGGCGUACUCGUUGCACUUGGAAACUCAAGUACACAUCCAAGAAGUACGAAGUAGCUUGAAGAAAUAUAAGUGCCAUAGCUCUGAGUCCGAUUGCCAUGGCCUAUGCUCACUACAUUACUGUUAGAAAUAUGCCGAAUACAAUUUAAUGGAGAAUCAAUGCUCUCUGCCAUUGAAGGCUCUGGAUCAAAUCGGGGGUCCCGCAUAAGCCGAUGCAUCAUACAGAGUUUGGAAUAAUCCUACUGAAUAGCGGAUAACGGAAUGAUACUACAG